CGGGCCCCCAGGCGGAGCGGCGGGCGCCGGGCUCCCCGGCGGAGCAGCGGGCACCGGGCCACCAGGCGGGGCGGCGGGCGCUGGGCCCCCAGGCAGGGCGACAGGCAUCGGGCCCCCAGGCGGGGCGAUGGGCAUCGGGCCCCCAGGCAGAGCGACAGGCAUCGGGCACCCAGGCAGGGCAAUGGGCGCCGGGCCCCCAGGCGGAGCGGCGGGCGCCGGGCCCUCAGGCGGGGCGGCAGGCACCGGGCCCCCAGGAGGGGCGGCAGACACCGGGCCCCCAGGCGGAGCGGCGGGCACCGGGUCAUCAGGCACGACAACGGGCAUCGGGUCACCAGGCAUCAGGUCAUUUGGCUCGCCAGUGGGCACCGCGUCAUCUGGCAAGGCAGUGGGCACCGAGUCACCAGGCACGACAGUGGGCUCCGAGUCAACUGGCAUGAC